UCCGCGCGUCCGUCAUGGUGCAGAAGUCGCGGAACGGCGGCGUGUUCCCCGGAGCGCAGGCCGACCAGAAGAAGCCGAAAGUGGGCUUCGUGGGUCUGGAGGCCGGCGGGACGGACUCCAGCAGGGACGGAGCGCUCCUCAUUGCAGCCGACGAAGGUCCUCGGCGCCAGCGCAGCAGCGCGUCGGGGGGCAAGAGAGCCCCCAAGAGGAACGCUCUCUACAGGCGGCUGCAGAACUUCCUCUACAACGUCCUCGAGAGGCCGCGCGGAUGGGCCUUCGUGUACCACGCAUAUGUGUUCCUGCUGGUCUUCUCCUGCCUCGUGCUGUCCGUCUUCUCCACCAUCCGAGAGUACGAGAAGAGCUCCGAGGACGCGCUCUACAUCCUGGAGGUGGUGACCAUCGUGGUGUUCGGCGUGGAGUACUCGGUACGCAUCUGGGCGGCGGGAUGCUGCUGCCGCUAUCGAGGCUGGCGAGGGAGGCUCAAGUUUGCGCGCAAACCCUUUUGCGUCAUCGACAUCAUGGUGCUGAUCGCGUCCAUCUCGGUGCUGGCGGCGGGCACGCAGGGCAACGUGUUCGCCACGUCGGCCAUCCGCUCGCUGCGCUUCCUUCAGAUUCUGCGGAUGAUCCGCAUGGACCGGCGCGGGGGAACCUGGAAGCUGCUCGGAUCCGUCGUCUACGCCCACAGCAAGGAGCUGAUCACAGCCUGGUACAUCGGCUUCCUGUGUCUGAUCCUGGCGAGCUUCCUGGUUUAUUUGGCGGAGAAAGAGGACAACGAACAAUUUGAGACGUACGCCGACGCCCUCUGGUGGGGACUGAUCACCUUGACCACCAUCGGCUACGGAGACAAGUUCCCCAUCACUUGGAACGGUCGCCUGCUGGCAGCCACCUUCACGCUGAUUGGCGUUUCCUUCUUCGCUCUGCCUGCUGGCAUCCUGGGUUCUGGUUUUGCUCUGAAGGUCCAAGAGCAGCACAGACAAAAACACUUUGAGAAAAGACGAAACCCAGCAGCUGGACUCAUCCAGGCCGCGUGGAGGGUAUACGCCACAAAUCUGAGUCGAUCUGACCUGACGUCCACGUGGGACUACUACGAGAGGACCGUGUCCGUCCCCAUGUACAGGUUAAUUCCACCCCUCAACCAGUUGGACCUGCUGAGGAACCUCAAGAACAAGUCAGGACUCUCAUUCAGAAAGGAUGUGCAGCCGGAACCUUCUCCUAGUCAGAAGGUGAGUCUGAAAGAGAGAGUCUUCUCAUCUCCACGCAGUUCAGGAACCAAAGGAAAAGGUUCUCCUCAGCAUAUGGUCCCGGUGGUCGGUCCAGGUGUCGGUCCCAGUGUGACUCCCGGAGUUCCCAACGUGCCCGGGGGUGUUCAGGCCCUGCGCCGCUCCCCCAGCAUAGAUCCCAGUCUGGAGGACAGCCCCAGUAAGGUUCCAAAGAGCUGGAGCUUCGGAGAACGCAGCAGAACCCGGCAGGCCUUCAGGAUCCGAGGAGCCGCAUCCCGCCAGAACUCUGAAGUGCUCAUAGAGAUGCAGGAUGAAGAGUUCAGACAGAAGAGCUCGCCAGACGCUAGCCUCCCGGGAGAAGACAUGGCCGACGACAACAAGAGCUGCCACUGUGAGUUCGUCCCGCAGGAUUUGACGCCCGGCAUCAAGGUCACCAUCCGAGCCAUCUGUAUCAUGCGCUUCAUGGUGUCCAAAAGAAAGUUUAAGGAGAGUCUUCGUCCCUAUGAUGUCAUGGACGUGAUUGAACAGUAUUCAGCAGGACACCUCGACAUGCUUGCACGCAUCAAGAACCUUCAGUCCAGGGUGGACCAGAUCGUGGGCAGAGGAACACCAAUUGCAGACAAGGACCGACCCAAAGCUGCAGGGGAAGAACUCCCUGAGGACCCCAGCAUGAUGGGACGCUUGGGGAAGGUGGAGAAGCAGGUCCUCUCCAUGGAGAGAAAGCUGGACUUCCUAGUCAAUAUCUACAUACAGCGAAUGGGAAUCCCUCAGACAGAGACCGACGCCUACUUUGGAUCCAAGGAACCAGACCCGGCGCCACCUUACCAUAGUCCGGUGGACCAGCUGGAGAAGAGCCAGUCCAUUCACAAGAUCCCCCAAGUGUUGUCAGCCGACAUUGUGGACAAGAGUCAUUUUGGGACCAAGAUGGUCCGAUCCAGCAGUUCUACUGGCCCCCGGAAUCACAACGCCACCGUCUGCCCCCCCUCCACCUCCUGGCAGCCAAUCAGUUCCCAACUCCGCCAACAGGCCCCGCCGCGCCCUCAGCGUAGCCACGGGAACACCCCAAGUCCGGCCGUGGACGGGUCACUGGUUCGGCUUCCGCCGCCGCCGGCCGGAGAACGGCACGGUGGGAAUCGACCUAACCGCCACAGUACCGGAGAGAGGGGAGGGGCUGAGAGGGCCGAGAGGGAGGGCGAGGAAGCAGGAGGGGCAGCAGGGGAGGAAGAGGUGAAGCUCGACAGCGACCGCUCCCUGUCCAUCCCAUCUGUGGACCACGAUGAACUGGAGCACUCCUUCAGCGGGUUCUCCAUCUCGCAGUCCAGGGAGAAUCUGGACUUCCUCAACAACGGUUUCUACUCAACCACCAACCUGGGGGGAGCAGCGGGGGCCUCCUGCCGCGCCACCACGAGACCCUACAUCGCGGAGGGCGAGUCGGACUCUGACUCGGAGCUCUGCGCGCCCUCGCCGCACUCGGACCGUGCCUGGACCGGAGCGAAGUAGACCCGAGUGGAAAUGUGGUAGAACCAGCAUAACUCUAAAUAAAAGAAAUAGAAAUGUGAAAAAACACCAGCUGGAAAAGAAAGUGCAGCAUCGUGGGAGAGAAAACGCAAGACGAAGACCUAACCUACCAGCUGGUUUCAUCUACUUUGGUUUUCUGAUCACUGGAACACACAAGACACGCUUGCACCGGGUUGGUUGACGGCAGGGAAAAGCUUGCUCCUGAUUGGUCACUGCAAGGACACACUUGCGCCUGUGUGGUUCACUGCAGGCACACGCUUGGUCUUAAUUGGUUGACUGAAACACUGAUAAGACACGCCCACACCUGACUGGUUCACUGCAGGGACACACCCGCUUCUGGUUUGACACCGAGGACACACUCGCGCCUGAUCGUUACACUGCAAAUAGUAAAUGGACUGCACUUAGGUAGGUAGCGCUUUAUCUACACCAUCACGGUGCCCAGAGCGCUUUACAAAGCCUCACAUUCACCCACAUUUCAUAAACCAAUGGGCGACUGCUGCCAUGCCAGGCCCAUUGGCAGUAAAUUAGGGUUCAGUGUCUCGCCCAAGGACACUUCGACACGCACGGAUCGGAACCAACUACCCUUCGGUCACUGGACGACCCGCUCGACCUGCUGAUCCACAGCCGCCCCACGUGCCACUGCAAGGACACGGUAGCCCCUGAUUGGUAUCACCUGAUGGGUUCACUGUGACACUGAGGGGACAUGUUUGAACGCUCGCACCCGAACGGUUCCCGCUAGUUGCCUGCUUGUUUCUGCGUUAAACACGCUUUGUCUGCGCGUGUCCAAGUGAUCCGGCAGUAACGUGUACUGAUUGUUUUGGAAACGGUGACGUACCUAGUUUUUACGAUGUCUGCCUGAAGGUGGCGCCCAAGCUUCAGCCAGUCACACAAACCACAGAAAACCAAAUUUGCCUAUUUCAAUAAUUAUCAUUGGAAACAAUAAGCCAGAAGUCACUUCAGUGGUCUUUAAAAAAGGGUUUGAGCUAGCUAGCUAGCAUUGCUAGAUGGACAACAGCCAACGCAAGCGCUAGUUUGUUCAAAGCUUCCACCACUUCAAAGGCUAACAAACGAUUGAUUCUCAAGGCUAUAUUAAAUAUUCAAUUAUUUACAUUAUUAUGCUAAUUUAGCAUGGCUUUCUGUGCUCUACUAGAGAGCGGCGCUAAUGCUCAUGCUAACGGCAUUAAUCCAGGCUAGUGUUAUAUAUAAUCGACGAGUACUGUGUGUGAAACGGAGAAACUUAACUUUGGAAUGUGGAGGAAACAGUUAGCUCACGAGCUAACAUGCUAAUGCUGCAGCUCCACAGAAAGCUCAUCAAGAAAGUGAGAAAGCUUACUGAAUGGUCACUUUUUAUAACCAGCGACUCGCAUACAUCAAGACAAGUCGGGAAGUUUCCGUUUUCCUAAAACACAAACUAACGCUGUGCACACACAACUGCACUCUCUCACAAACGCACACAAAUAUGUUGUUUGUUCCCGCACAUGUGGCUUCCCUUUCACGUAUUCAUAAAAAGAUCACGUCUAUGCUCAGUUUAUCUUGUACUACAAUAUAAUUGAUCAUUAACAACCAAAAUGCUCCAACAUGCUGACUGAAUAAAAACAUAAAUGUACCUCGUUGGAGGUAGUUAUUGAAAACGCACUCACAAGGUAUUAAAAUGUCAAAUCUGAAAUUGUGUUCCCCAAUAAAUGAACAA